CGAUGUAUUUUAAUUACGAUACAAUCGAUAUCUUGAACAAUUGUACUCAGAUUCUCUAUUGGUAAAAAAAAUGUUUUUAAUCGGAUUAACUGGUAGUAUUGGAACUGGUAAAUCGACCGUUUCUAAAUAUCUUUCUCAACAAAAUAUUCCAGUAAUUGAUUCUGAUCAAAUAGCGAGAGAUGUUGUCAAACCAUAUUCCAAAUGUUGGCAUAGUAUCCGUGAACAUUUUGGUGAAGAUGCUAUCAAUGAAACUGAUGGCCAAAUCAAUCGUUCAUAUUUGGCUCGAGUAAUUUUCAACAAUCCAGAUGAACGUCUAGUUUUGAAUAAAAUUACUCAUCCGGAAAUUCAAAAGCAAACAUUUUUGAAUGCAUUAUAUUAUUGGUUAACGUUUCGAAAGUUUGUUGUAUUCGAUAUUCCAUUGUUGUUCGAGUCCAAAAUAUAUCAAUCAUGGAUGAAUUAUAUUGUUGUUGUUAAAUGUGAUCCAUCUAAACAACUUCAACGAAUCAAAGUUCGUAAUGGUUAUACCGAUGAAGAGGCUUUAUCACGUAUCGAAUCACAAAUGUCGUUGGAAGAAAAAUGUAAAUUGGCAGAUUUUGUGAUAGACAACAAUGGAACAAUUGAACAAACUUUUCAUCAAAUUGACGAAAUACUCCGGGAAAUAAAACCACCUUCAACAUUUUAUAUUCUUCGUCUGUUUCUUAUCACUUUUUAUGGAUUGUCAUCUUUUUCUUUAAUAAAAUUAUUACAAUAUGCAAUCUCAAAGUUAUGA